CGGGGUUUGAAGCCCAGAAGUCAGGAGCUGCGCACCCCACCCCCACGGCCCGAGCGCGCACUGAUAGGGCCCUCGCUGCUGGCACCUAGUCAAGCUGAGGUGUCAUUGGGAUCUCAAAUUGCAGCGAGGGGCUGGCAGGCAGCCAGAGGCAGUCUAUUUAAAAGACAGCCUGUUCUGCAGUAUUCAGUCUCUUUAGAAACUUCUCCAGGGGAAAAGUGUUGGGAGAUCUACAAAGUGGAUUUUUUUUUUCCUUUUUUUCCUUUCCCCCUGAUUUUUUACCGCUCCUCUGCCGACUUUGCAACAAAACACUCCAACUUUGCAGAAAACUUUUUUUUUUUUUUUUUUUUUUUUUACUCUUUUGGUGUUUUUUUUUUUUUUCUUUGCAAAUCUUGGAAGAGGAAAGCGGGAGAGUUGAACAGAGCCGAUCGAAACACAACUUUGCUUCAUACCAAGCUUCCCAGCAGCUCGCUGCGUCGGGAGAGACUUUUCCUCCUGCAGAAGAAGAGGGAGGGGAGGGGAGCUUUGCAUCCCCUCUUACUUCUCCUGCGGUUUUUUUUUUUUUCUUCUCCUCUUGAUUGCUUUGAUGCAUUAUUAGCAGGACACUGGUUUUCAAGGAACUUUGCUCCCUUCCCAACCUGCCUCCUCCCAGCCCUUUGGGAAGAGUGUAUGUGUGUGUGCGCGUGAGUGAGCGAGUGUGUGAAAUCGCCGUCCCACCUCCCCAAACACCCCUGCUCCCCCACGCCUCCCCCUGCAACCUGUAGGCUGUGCAACCCCUGCAGGCUUCGCUCCCUUUCCCCCCUCCUUCCCUCCCUCUUUUUUGCGCUCCCGCGGAUCGCGGUGCGAAUUCCCCAUUUCGAGGCGAGAAAAAGCUGAAAGGAGAGACGGGGAGGGGGGAGAAAAAGACAAAAAAAGGAAAUCUAGACGUCCCCCCUCUCCCAACGCCAAAAGAAAAGCAGAAGGGUCUCGCACCCCGAGAAUAACCCCCAGAGUGAGGCGCUUGCAAGCAGGGGCUGCGCUUUCCUUUUUGAAUUUUAGUUUUUAAAAUUCUUUAAUUUUUUUAUUUUAUUUUUUUCUUUUCUUUUUUUUUUUUUUUUUUUUUUUCUUUUUUGGCCCCCGAAGGGGCAAGCGGAAAGGCAGCGCCGCCCGCUCCCGGCAGCCCCCCGCGCCCCGUCCCGCAGCAUCCCCGCCGCGAUGCUGCUGCGGCUCCUGGUGCUGCUGGGCGCCUGCCCGGGGCUGUCGCGGUGCCUGGGCUCCUUCGUGCAGUGCGAGCCCUGCGAUGCCAAGGCGCUGUCGCUCUGUCCGCCGCCGCCGCUGGGCUGCGAGCUGGUGAAGGAGCCGGGCUGCGGCUGCUGCCUCACCUGCGCCCUGCCCGCCGGGCAGCCCUGCGGCGUCUACACCGAGCGCUGCGCCCGCGGGCUGCGCUGCCUCCCGCGCCAGGGCGAGGAGAAGCCGCUGCACGCCCUGCUCCACGGCACCGCCGUCUGCCUCAGCGAGAAGAGCUACCGCGAGCAAGCCAAGGCCGAACGGGAGUCCCGGGAGCAUGAGGAGCCAACCACGUCGGAGAUGACAGAGGAGACCUACCCGCCCAAGGCCUACCGGCCCAAGCACGGGCGCCUCUCUGAGCUCAAGGCUGAGGCCCUGAAGAAGGACCGCCGGAAGAAGCUGACCCUGGCAAAGUUCGUGGGCAUGGCUGAGAACACGGCUCACCCUCGUGUUGUCAUCCCCGAGCUCCGGCAGGAGUUUGAGCUGGGCCCGUGCCGCAGGCACAUGGAGGCGUCCCUGCAGGAGCUGAAGAGUAGCCAGCGGAUGGUCCCCCGCGCUGUCCACCUCCCCAACUGUGACCGCAAGGGCUUCUACAAGAGGAAGCAGUGCAAGCCCUCCCGGGGCCGGAAGCGUGGGUUGUGUUGGUGUGUGGACAAGUAUGGCAUGAAGCUGCCAGGGACUGACUUCCUGAGCGGAGACCUGCAGUGCCACGCGUUCGACAGCAGCAAUGUGGAGUGAAGCCACGUCCCCUCCCUCCACCCCAUCACUAUCUAUCCAGACUCCCUUCCACCCUCCCCUCCGCACCUUCCCACGCCCCGGGACUCCGAUUCCUUUCAUCUCAUGUAAGACGAAAAAAAGAAAGGAAAAGAUAAAAGAGAAAGGACGAAAAAUGAAAAAAACAGAAAGGGAAAGAAAGAAAGGAGAGAAGUAAGGAAAGGAAAAGUAAAAAGAGAGAAAAGAAAGAAAAAAGAGAAAAGCAAAAAGAAAAUUAAAAAAGAGAAGAAAAGAGAAAAGAAGAGAAAAAGUAAGAAGAGAAAAGGAAAAAAAGAGAAGAGAGAAAAAUAAACCCUGAAGAAACUGAGGACUCGGAAUCUACAACAGCCUUUUGACAACAAGGACUCAGCAAGGAAAGGAUAGAGCCAGAGACAAACCAGCCAUGGCCACUCUGCCGUCCUGCACCUCUCCCCAAUGCUGCCUGCACCCCUCUGCCACAAGCAGAGGUCACCCCGAUGUAGGAAGCUCUCCAAGUUGCUGAUUUUCCAGUACGGGUUUUGGGCAGGUUCAUUUUUAUUUUUAUAUUUCUUUCAUGUUAGCUUUCAGUUGAUUUCUGAAGGGUCUUGAGGAGAAAAUCUUGUGGCCACCAGCACUCCCCUUGCAGUCCUCCAGAGUGUCCUCCCCAUGUUGCUGGGACUCAAGUUGAUUUCCAUCUCAAAUGACUGCCCCCAAUCCAGGCAGAUUCAGCAAGGGAGGAGACGUGGGACUGUUCAUUUUGUCUCUGGAGAUAAGCUGGGGAGGGAAACACAGGUCCUGCAACAGCACAAAUACCCCCAGAAAGUAUCUGUGGACUUCAAAAUAAACCAUCACAAAAGGAAAUACAGUCUUCCCUGUCCAGUUCAUCUUGAUUGGAAGGUCAGAAAUUUUCUUGGACAAGCAGUCCUCUGACCUUUGCCCAUCCAGGUGUGAAAGUGUUCGUCACCUGCAUGCACCUGUGUGUGCAUUGAUGUGGCUUUCCCUCCUUGCAACACUUCACCUUGAAAUCUGGAGGUUUCAAUGUAAUAUGCAAUUGGGGGAUAUGCUGCCCCUCCCAAAAACAAAUAACAACCUGCUGGAUUAAGCACAGAAGCAGAGUUAUGGAGGAGCAUCGGUGCCUGUGGAAUCAGGGCCUCAUCAAUACUGAGGACUGCAUCACUGUUCAGACUGAAGUAUCCCUACAUGGGGACAGGGGAAUCACGGCCAAAACUCUUCACCACCCUUUGCCACCACAAAGACGACCAACUAUGGAGUUUUUUUUUUUUUUUUUUUUUUUUUACACAGCCGAAAAUGUGGUUUGCUCCAGGGGGAAAAAAACCCCAAACCUCCACUUUGUUUCAUCUUGAUUUUUGUUAAGGCUGGUUUAUAGCUUUCCCCAUGGGUAGGAAAACGCCAUCCUUUUGCAUUGAGGAUACUGUUCACAUUGCCACGGCUGAUUCCUACCACCCUGCAGUAAGAUCCUGUGAUGGGCCCUUGCCUUUAACCUGGGACCCAGCUCCUUUUUGAGUGACAGCAGCCACUGCACCAUGGAGACCAACUGCCUUGUGCAUGCUGGGACAGCCCUCGGUUGCCUUCCUAACUCAUUUGUUGUUUAUAACAUUUGCGUUUGAUUUUGGGACUCUCGCUUCUUGCUUAUCCCUGACAAGGGUCUCCAUGAUGUUGGUGCUGGGAGGAGAUCCUGCAGCAAAUGGAAGGAAAGAAAGGAAAGGGAGCUGUGGGGUCUGGGUGCUGUGGUGGGGAAACACACCCGCUGGGAGCCACAUUCUACUGCCAUGGCUGGAGGUGGCAGCCAGCACUGGCCAAAGGACACAGCUGAUCUCAGGUGGAAGGUUCCUGAACCCCAUAUCUCUCUGAGCUUCCUGAACCUGGGCAGAGAAAAAUGGAGGUCCACAGCACCACUGGGGCCCCACCAGUGGGGAUGGGACAAAGGGGUUCUGGAGAAGGCUUCUUGCCAUCACAGGUUGAGAGCCCUCAUAGCCUCUCAUGAGAUGACAUUACUCCCAUAAGCAUCCCGUGGGCUCCCCACCAGGACGUUACCCUGAUGGAGGGCAGAACUGGACACCUGUGGUUAUUUCUCUCCAAGUGACAGUGGGGGCAAGUUUUGCCCAUGGACUUUGACAGAGACCCAGCAGAAGACAUUUCGUCCUGGGGGCAAAGCACCUUCCCAUGCUGAAAAGAAGGAAGUGUGCUAUCAAUGUAGAUGUACCCCCAAAAAGGCCUGUUGGGAGUGGGGUAACUCCAUGUUGUUGGAGGGGAGCAUGGUGGGGGCUGAGAGAGGGACCCCUCCAGGCUCUGCAGGCCUGAUGGAGCAGGGUUGGUUUAACCAGAGUGGUGGGUUAAUGCUGGGAUGCAAGUGGAGUGAAGAAUGGGGUGAAGACAGCAGGAGGAGGAGCUUGUGCUAACCCCAAGGGCCACUGGACACCAUUGUUGACACUGUCCGCUUGCUGAUCCCUGUGCAAAACCUCCUGACUGUCAUAGGCCAGUACCACCUUUCCCAGGACCCUUCCUUCCUCCUCUCUUCCUCUUUCUUGCUUUUUUUUUUGUUUGUUUGUUUGUUUUGUUGUUUAAUUUCCCAAAACUUGAAAGCCUUUGGCUGCAGAGAAAGGAGACGCCCCCGGGGUGGGAUGGGAAGGGCAUCAGACCCCCAUGGACCUUGCCUUUUGGCAAGGAUGUUUUUGCAGCAUGAGGGUUAGCUCACAGGGCCCCAUGGUGAUGUCACAAUGUGUGGCCCUGGGAGCCCAGAGUACCAAAAUCCAUCCCACACAGCCUCCCUCACUCCUGCACACCCCAUGCUGGGAUGGCAUUGCCUGUCCUGUCCCCAUGAACCUGGGGGAAGGAUGAUGGACAUUUGGGGUUUAUCACCCUCACUCCCCAGAUCACCUCGGCUCCCAGGAUGGGGCACCAGUGACCCUCCCAGCUGCCCACUCCCUUAAGGAUCCCCAGCAGGACGAGGCUGUUUACAGGCUGCACUAAUAUUUAGGACUGGGGUUGGAGCCUGGUUGGGCUGGGAAUGAGAGUGACUUCAGGAGGGCUUGGUCACCCUCUGGGGUGGCAGUGAUGAUUCUCAGUGAUUCUCAGCACCCAGCAGCACCCCUCUGCAUUUAGGAUGAGAGAACCAGAAGGGGCAGAUUUGGAAGCUGGGAGGGUUGAGGCACACCAGGAGAUGCUGGCAAAUUUGUGCAUCAGGGGGUCGUGAGGCUCAGGGUCUCUGGCUAUGGUAUUUGUGCUGAGCCCACGUUGGUAUCCAGGAUAUGAGUUGGGAAGGAGAGGACAAGGAUGGCUCAGGACAGCCCUUCCAUCACAUCUGCCCGGGGAGCGGCGCUCAGUGGCUGGGCUACCCCUUGUCUGUACUGCAGUGGACUUCGAAAACCACUAGUACAAGAGCAUUUUGCACUAUUUCUCCGCUCUCUCCCCCCUUCCCCUUUUCUUCGCCUUCCCCAUGAAAAUUCUUUACUGUUGGUUUAGUUUUCUUUUUUUUUUUUUUUGUUUUGUUUUGUUGUCAUUGUUGAUUUUUUUUCCCCAAAUGGAGCAUUGUAUAUUUAAAGAACAGUCAGUUCGCCUCACUUCCAGACCGCUGUCCUGGCCUUGGCUAGGAGCCCUGCCUGCUGUGGCCCCCUCCCCAGCCCCACCAGCUGCCGCCACUGCCACCGGGACAGACGUCACCGCGCACGUUACCCACCGUUGUAACACAGUUGUUAAAACACACCAGAUUCCGAGUUUCCUGCCUGGUUUUUAUCUUUAAGCAAUACUCACUACACAUUUUACGGUAGCUUUUUAUAGCUUUACAUACAUACGGUAGCUCUGUUGUUUCGUUUUGGUUUUGUUGUUUUGUUUUUUUUUCCAGUAAACAAGAAAUACUCAUAAUCUUACUGGUGGGAAAAAAAAAAAGCAGUUUGUGAAAAACUGACAAUGGAAGAAGAGCUUAAUGCUCUGUUUAGCAUUUUGUACUUAAAAAAAAAAUCUCACAUUUUAUUAAAAAGUGAAGAUUGCUGUAUACUAUUUAUUCAACUUAUAAUUUAUGUUACUCUUUGAUCUUUGUCUUUUCUCAUGACAAAGCAUUUAUUUAAUAAAGUUAUGCAUUCAGUUA